AUGGAUCAGGAGAAUGAAAGAAAUGUAUCCAGACUUUGGAGGUCGUUCAGAACCAUCAAAGAAAUGGUGAAAGACCGUGGAUAUUUCAUUACACAGGAGGAAAUCGAAUUGUCGUUGGAAGAUUUCAAAGUUAAAUAUUGUGACUCUAUGGGCCAUCCACAACGUAAAAUGAUGUCAUUUCAGUCAAACCCGACAGAAGAGUGUCUAGAAAAAUUUCCGAAUAUGGGUUCUUUGUGGGUCGAAUUCUGCGAUGAACCCUCUGUUGGUAUCAAGACUAUGAAGAAUUUUGUCAUUCACAUUAGUGAAAAGAAUUUCCAAACGGGUAUUUUCGUUUACCAAAAUGGUGUUACGCCCAGUGCCAUGAAGUUAUUACCCAGCGUCGCGCCAGCGACCAUUGAAACUUUCCACGAAGCGGCUCUUGUUGUUAACAUCACACAUCAUGAACUUGUUCCUAAGCAUAUAAAACUGAGCGAUGACGAAAAAAAAGAGUUGCUGAAAAGAUACAGACUCAAAGAGUCUCAAUUACCUCGGAUUCAAAGAAUGGAUCCAGUUGCAUUAUACCUUGGCCUGAAACGAGGCGACGUCGUUAAAAUCAUCCGUAAAAGUGAAACGUCGGGUCGGUACGCAAGUUAUAGAAUUUGUUUGUAA